AUGAGUCAUUCAGAAGGAAAAUUAGACUACUACAAAAACUUAUUAGGAGCAGAGCAGUUCUAAUUUAAUAAAGUCGUCCCAGAUGAAAAACAUUAUAUGCUCUUUGUAUCAGGACAUAACGCGAAUUCAAUGACCUCAUUGAAUAUGGUCAUGUCCUAAGUUUCUUAUUACAUCUAUGCUUAUUUAAGAGGAUAGCAGGAUGUUGUGACUCUAUUAAAACUAAAUGUCAUAAGAGUUUAUCCUUUAAUCAAUCCUGAUGGGUAUGAAUAUGUGAGAUAGACAUAUCUGAACUAAAACUAUACUUAUUCUUAUGAUCUUGAAGGAUUUGUAAAAAAUAGAGCAAAUUUAAACAGUCUUUGUCCAUAUCCAAUGGUAGGUGUUAGUUUGAGAAACAACUACGACUACAAAUUCGGAGUUGAUGAUGUUGGAAGUGAUGGGGAAAGUGAUUGCUAAGAAUUCUUUAGAGGUAGAACAGCUUUUUCAGAAGUUGAAACACAAGCAAUCAAGAAUGAAAUAGAGAGUAUGACCAAAGAUAAAGGAAUUAAUUACAGUGCAGUAAUCUUCAUUGAAAGCCAUCCAAACACAAAUGCACUGAUUAUUCCAAAUAAUUAUUUGAGAGAAUAGCUUAAUGUACUUUUAGCUUAAUAGGAUGGCAGAAUUUACAAGUUCUUCAUGGACUUGGCUGAGUAUUAUGAGCCAUCAACUGGUUAAAAUCUUUUUGUUGGUAAUACUAUAGAUAUAUUCGGGAAAUCAAAUAACGGAGAUCCUAACGACUGGAUAUUUCAAAUGAAGAAGAUCCUUACAAUGACUUUGUUUUUAGCUGCACCCGAAUAUCACGGGUCUUCCUUGAUAGAUAUUGAGCUGCCUGAUCUAUGCAAGAUAAAGUCAAAAAAUAAGUUUAACCAUGAAGUAUGCGAUUAGCCGUCUGAUUUUUAUGAUCUCUACGUUUACCAAGCUAUAGAUUUGAAUAACAAUGGAAGAGUAGACACAACUGGCAAUGUGAAAUUUGAGCUUCAAUCAAACAUGAAUCUGUAUAAACUAUUUGUGAGAUCGAGUAGAGCAAUGCCAUACUUAAACACUCCAUUUUUCUAAAGUCCAGCAACUGGGGCAAUAUCCUUGGAAUUACCUGAUAUUGAGAGAGAUAAUCUUAGGAAUAUUGGAAUUAUUUGCAUUUUCCAUUAUGAAGUUGACAAUAUAACCUCAAUCUAGGAUGUAAGGGAAAAAUUAGUUUAUAAUGAACUAGUUUCCUUUGUAAUCACCUUUGAAAAUGGAGCUGCAAAAAUGGUUGGAUAGGCAUCUAUUAACCUUCAGCUGAUUUAUACAUAUUUAAACACUAGGCUGAUAGAGGAAUCUUUAAAUGCAGGCAAAUUCAGAUCAACAAAAGUAAUAUUGUACAUGUUCUACAUAGCAAUAGUUGCCCUUAAUCUAAUUUGGUUACUUCAGAUAAGAUUUAAUAUAUGCCGUAAGAACCAAAGGAAAGACUAGUUCACAGGAUAAUCUGCUUUCUAGGGUGAAGUUGAGAUGAAAAUUUUUGAAGAAGCAGAUAUUCAAGACAAGGCCGGAGGAGAUUAUUAUUUAGAUCAUGAUGAGCUCUACCAGAAGUAACUUGGUCUAAUAUAAAAUGGCUCUACCUUCAAAUCAUCAGAUAACGAAUACUCUCCCAGAAGACAUUCAAAUAUAAAUCAUCUAUUGAUGUCUGACGCUUCUUUGAUUAGUUAAAUGAACUCUAAAAAUACAAGUCACAUUGGAGCUAAAAAGGCUUAAUUACUAAUUGACUUGCCUCAAAAUAAUUAUGAUAGCGGUCUUGCUUCUGGUAGGUAUCUUGAAAGUACAAGAAGUUUAUUGGUUAACUCUAGAUAAGAUAAUAAAUUUGGCAGUGAUUAUGACACUGACACUCAAUAGUAACUCUAUCCAUCAAACUAGGUGAUGCAAGAUCCCUAUACUCAUUAAGCUCAGUAUAUUGACAUGAAACGAAAUCCAAGAAAGCUCCGCAAAUCCAGAGAUCAAAACGUAGAGUAAAUCAUUGACAAUGACAUGCUCAUCUUUGGAAAGGUUGAGAAGAUAACGAAGGAAUAAUUCAGAGUCGAAAGAAGUGCUAAAGGUAAGACAAAAAUUAUAAAAGAAAUAGAUCACCCAAGGGAAGCCAAAAGAAAGUAGCUGAGGAAAAUAGUGAGUAAUAUUCAAGAAGAGGAAAAUGAGAAUUCCUACUUCUAAGCUGAUCAAUCAAAUAUUACUGUCAGGCAUGUUCAGAAUGAUGAUCCAGAAGACAAUAUCUAAAUACAAUAAGAAGUGCAAGAAAUGAGCAAGACUAGAAAGAAAUCGAAGAAAAGUAUUAACUUUUACAAAGAAGAUUAAUUAUAUGAGCAGAACAGUAAGAAGCAUCACAAUAAUCACUACAACCAGAGCUUCAGCAAAUUAGAUUAAGAAGAAGUCAUCAAGUUCAAGGAUAUCAAAGUAAAGCAAAAACAAGUGUCAACUAAUGAUCUAGCUGUUUACAAAACUACUAAGAAGCACAAGAUAAGCGUUGGCAGUGGUGUACCAAAAUUAAGCGCUCACUCUGGAGGUUCUGAUUAGAAGUAGAAAUCUAACAAUGAAAGUCCAGAAAAAGUAGCUGUUUACUAAGAAGAUAUUGUUCAGAAGUUUGAAGAUCAGAUAAGCAAUAAAUCUAGUCCUAUCAAGCAUCUUGCGAAGCCUGAAUAUAAUAACUUUAUGGAAGCAGAUGAGAUUCUUGAAAACGAUGAUGAUUGA